AGAUAUUAUUUACCGUAACCAGCUACCUAAUAACAUUGGUGACAUCAAUUAACACGCAGGAUAGGUUUCAUGAUAAGAUGGUGUGUAUUAUUUGAAUUAAAUACAGGCAAAUAUACUUUAGGUUGUCUUUUAGUUGAUUUACAAUGUGCACUUCCACGGUGCUGCCAUUGUUGUGUGACGUCAGACAACUGCUUCCUCACAGCGCGGGGUAGAUUGAUUUGAUUCACCGGUAGGAAGGAGAUUUUCGAGUUCCGAGCUGUCCUGAACGCAGCACGAGUACUGCAGCUGCCCCGUGGAUGCAUUAUUAGAAGUUCGUAUUAUACAUCCGUGAUCCGCGCGGUACGUACUUAUGUCAUAACAUUGCGACUUGAACGUACGUCGCAGUCCGUAGCGCGAAAUUCGAAGUAAAAAGAUUUUGGACACGUGCUACUUUACUUUAAUUAGGAGAUACAACAAAACGCCGAGCUCGCCAGAAAAACGGAGGUCAACUCUCAGAGCUCUGCUGUUAUUACUUUGUAAUAUGGUCAUUCCUCCCAGACCCCGCACCAGAAACUGGAGAUUAUUGUGAAGAUGGGGGCCAAAACAGUGGAAGAACCAAGAAAAGAAAAAACAAGGGAGAACUUGAACGGGAACGCAGACGUGGUAGUGUUUAUAUCCAGCGACGAUGAUGUGGUGGAUGUGACGAUGGAGCAGAAAAUGGAGACACGAGUGAAGGAAGAGCGUGUACAGCCACAGCAGAUAAAGAGGGUGGAGCAAGCUGAAGCAGCAGUAGACGAGGGAAAUCAAGGGAGUAGUUCAUACAGCAGUGAUACUUUAUUGCGCUUCAUCAGAAGAUACUGUAGUGACAAUGUGGACGCAAACUCAAACUUCAAUACAAGUACAGACACUCAGGUUUCUGGCCCUUCAGUUCCCGCCGUCUUGAGUCCCACCCACCCCAGAGACAUCAUCCAGGCCUGCUAUCGCUCGCCCUACUGCCUCUACCUGUAUGUGGGGGUGGAGCUGGGUGGAGGACAGAGUGCAAGUGUCGUCCUGAUUGGCUACCUCGACCAGAGCUCUGGGUUCGGUGUGGUGAGGCUGCUGCACGCUCUGGAGAUGACUGUUGACACUUUUGAUCCACCGACCUCAGCGGACACGAGCACUGACACCAUCACAGGCACGCACGCUGAUGCGCAAUUUCUGAUUGAGACGCUCAAGAAACUUGGCCUUCCUCUGUCCAACCUUGCCGUGUUUUACUGUAACGCUCCACACCUGGGGGUGAGCCAGGUGUUUGUAUCCCAGCUCCAGGCUUUCAACCCUGGGUUAGUGUCACUCUGCGGCCUCUCUGGGAUAGCAGGAAGAGCCUGCCAGGCCGGACUCUUGGCUUCCUUUCGCUGCGUGGUCGACCUGGUUAGAGACAUCCACCAUCACUACUCCACCUGCCCCUCUGUCAAUGACAGUCUGAAGAAGCUAUUUGCUGAUGCAAAGCCUUAUAACCCAUCCCAUUCUAUCUCUGCACAGUGUUUAUUUAUCAUCAAUACUGUGCAGAAGAUGGUCAGCAGUUGGAGGGAUUUAGUGGACUAUUUUAAGUCACUGAGGCAAGCAGAGGAUGCUGACCGGAUCAGAGCCCAGCUGAUGGAUCAUAAAGUCAAGCUGAAGUUUUUGUUCCUCUCCCAAACUUUGGAGCCUCUCCGAGCUCUCCAAGAAUUGCAGCAGUACGGCACAGCGGACGUGGCAGUGGAGCUCCAGCUGACCUCCAUGCUGGUUCACUCCUACGCAGCCAGUCUCCUCCGGCCCUCCGUCGCCGAGAGCUUUCUCAGGAGGCGAGAGCUGCAUGUCCUCCACAAUGAGAUGAAGCUGCUCCCCACAACAGAGGUGAACGUAGGCUCUCGUGCCAGAGACUUCCUGUGGGCCACGGCUGACGUGGAUCUGAGGGAACAGGAGAGGAGGGACUUCCUGAAGGAUGCGGCGGAUUUCUAUAAAGCAGCACUACAGAGUUUAGUAGAGAGUAUUCCUAAGCAGCUUGGAGAUGUGGCACUAAGGAAUAUCGGCAAAGUGCUGAAACAUCCUGAAAAUAUCAAUGAUAGUAAACUGUCCAGGCGUGUGCUGUUGGAGUUGGGGGUUCAGCUGGGUCUGUGUAAAGCUGGGUCUCCAGAACAACAUCAACUGGCAUGCGACUAUCUCAAUGUCAUUAAGGCAGCAAAGGAGGAACAGGCGAGUGGAACAGGAGAAGGUCAUUGCUGGGCAAAGAUGUUGCGUAGCAUUAGACCGUACUCUGUUCUGCAUAGACUCCUCCUGACCCUCCUGGCCCUGCCAAGCUCUCUAUGCAGGACGCAGGUGUUUGCUAAGGUGUUCAGCAGCACCAAGGGUCUUCUUGACAGCAAGGAAACCUCCAAAGCCUCACCUCAGCCGGGCAGGUGGGCUGGAAGACCCCGCAUCUGCAGAAGAAAACUACCUGUCCAGGCAGGUAAUGGUGGCAAGAAGAAAGAAGAGGAAGCUGGAGAGACUUCAUCAGAGGAUUGUGACAGUUUUGUGGCCAAACCCGGUUUAAAUAUUCCUUCCAAACACUAUAGCAAUCCGGAUGACUCAGACUACACAGACAAUUCCUCUGAUGUGGUUGAUGUCACCGAAGAGUCCAAAAUGUUUCGGACCAGCACACUAAUAAAGGCAGAAAGUCAAAGAACUCCGGAGGCAGAGACCGUCUUCGUUGUGGGCGAUGAUGAUGAUGAUGAUGACUGCAUGGUUUCAACAAGCACAGCACCCGACUCAGCAGAACUGCUGAUAAAAUCUACUGAUGCGACGGGGGAGCUGGUCUGGGGUCAGGUGGAAGGCUUCUCCCUCUGGCCAGCCAUCAUCGUCCCCUGCAGGGGAGAGGUUCAACUUCCAGGGAAGAGGAUGGUGGAGUGGUACGGACAGAGGAUGUCCUCCUGGAUCCCUCUGUUCGUUCUGUACCAGAUGAGUACCCAGUUUCUCUACAGGUCCCUGGUCUGUAUGAAGGCUCUGAAACCAUUCGCUGCCUUCGCCCAGCACUUCAGUGCCAACUCCUUCGCCAUCCUCGUCACCUACCGAGAAGCCAUCUUCUUGUCCCUGCAGGAGGCAGCUCUACGUUGUAAGAAGCAGUUUUCUGCAAGUCUUGAAGACAGAGAUGAGCUGCUGAAACAGAUGUUAGACUGGGCCUUUGGAGGCUUUCAACCCACAGGGCCAGAUGGACUCAAACCAGGGGCUGCCACGAAUGGUGUUACUAAAACAAAUAACAGACCAAAGGUGAAGAAGAAACUCUUCCUGAAAGCCAAAUCUUCUCAUGACUCCCCGAUGUGCAGCAAGAGCAACAUCAUCGGCCCCGAGCUGAAAGACGUGGCUGUCUCCUUGAACAAACUGUCGUGCCACUCUAUAGACAAGUCCUCCCCCAGAGGUGGAGGUGGAAAAACUGCGUGUGAAGAAGCAUUCGAUUUAGCAGAAAAGAGCACUAAAGGUGUCAUGAAGGAGAAGGGAUCCAGAGGAGGAUGGGCAGCAGAGACGGGGAAACAAGGGAAGGGAGGAUGGGAGGGAGAGAAAGAUGACUGGGGGGGAGGGAAGGGUAAGGGAGGGUGGAAAGGAGGGAAGGGUCAGAAGAAGAAAAGCAGUCUGAUUGAUGGAUUUGAUGAUGACAUGUCGCCAGACUUUGUGCCGUGUAAGAAGAGGACCUACGCCAAAGCUUACAAUAAGGUCAACCAGGCGACCAGCGUUUACACACAGCCCGACCAAAAACUCAGAGAGGAGACCAUUCGCAGGAUCAUGGACACCAAACUGGACAUCGAAGGCUUCUGUUUGUGUUGUGGAACUGAAAAAAUUGAGAUAUUCCACCCUCUGUUUAAAGGCAGCCUCUGCUUGGAGUGUAAAGAUAACUUAACAGAAACUCUGUAUCGUUACGAUGAUGAUGGAUAUCAGUCCUACUGUACCAUCUGCUGCUAUGGACUGGAGGUCAUACUGUGUGGCAACGAUAGCUGCUGCAGAUCUUAUUGCGCGGACUGUCUGAACAUCCUCGUCGGCCCAGGGACAUUUGAUUCGUUGAAGCUGCUGGACCCGUGGAUCUGCUACAUGUGUCAGCCUCAUCGACCCCACGGUGCUCUGAUUCCCAGAGAGGACUGGAGCAUUCGCGUUCAGGAAUUAUUCGCCAACAACAGCGCCAUGGAGUUUGAGCCACACCGUGUUUACCCGUCCAUCCCUGCCAACCUGCGCAGACCAGUUCGAGUUCUCUCCCUGUUCGAUGGCAUAGCGACAGGCCACCUGGUGCUGAAGGAUCUUGGUUUCAAAGUAGAGAAAUAUGUUGCCUCAGAGGUCUGCGAGGAUUCAAUCGCCGUGGCGGCCGUCAACCACGAUGGCAAGAUCAUCCAUGUUGGUGACGCCCGGUUCAUCACCCAGGAACACAUCGAGCAGUGGGGGCCGUUUGAUUUGCUGAUCGGUGGCAGCCCCUGUAAUGACCUCUCCAUCGUCAACCCAAUCAGAAAAGGCCUCUAUGAGGGCACUGGCAGGCUGUUCUUCGAUUACUACCGCAUCCUUCAGCUGCUGAAGCCCAAAGAGGAAGACCCCAGGCCGUUCUUCUGGCUGUUUGAGAACGUGGUCUUCAUGAACACGCAUGACAAAGUCAACAUCUGCCGCUUCCUCGAGUGCAACCCGGUGCUGGUGGAUGCAGUCAAAGUUAGCCCGGCCCACAGAGCUCGUUACUUCUGGGGAAACAUCCCAGGGAUGAGCAGGCCCAUUAUUGCCUCCCAGAACGACAAGCUGAGUCUCCAGGACUGUUUAGAGAUCGGUAGAGAAGCCAGGGUCACUAAGGUGAGGACGAUCACCACCAAUGCAAACUCUCUGAAGCAGGGCAAAGAUGUCUCUCAGCUGCCUGUCCUCCAGCACGGCAGAGAGGACAACCUCUGGAUCACCGAACUAGAGAAAAUCUUUGGUUUCCCCAAACAUUACACCGACGUGAGGAACAUGAACCGGCAGCAGAGGCAGAAGGUGCUGGGGAAGGCGUGGAGCGUGCCGGUCAUCCGUCACCUCUUCGCUCCCCUGAAGGACUACUUUGCCUGUGAGGAGCUGCCUCCUUUGACCACGUCCACCUCCUCCACCUCCCCGUCCUCCCCCGCCUCUCCAGAACUGCAGCAGCUGAGAUAGGGGAGGUUGGUUAUGUUUUGCAUUGUGUAGUAUGUCGAGGUUUGUGUGAAGGGUUUUUUCCCCCCCACCACAUGUUAUAUAAGAACUAGAUGGAGCAUAAAUGGUCUCCUAGUACUUUCAAAAAGCAGAGCUCACAGACAGGCUUUUGUGGAUCACUGCCACAGGGCCAUUUUGUCCACAAUGCACUCGAGUCUCUUGCAUUGUGCCGCACAUGCAGUUUGUGUGCACAACAGUCACUUUGGCGUCCAAAGCCACUCUCGAAAAAGGCAGCUCAUGCUCCCUCCAGUUCUUGGUUUUUCAUCCUGAACCUCUCCCCUCACUGGAGUUUAAAGACACUUCCCAUCCCUGAUUGGUAAUAUAUCAUUACCUUUUUUACACCUUCAUCUGGUUAAUUCUGUGCAAGAAACUUGCACAGGAGAGACGGUCUAUCAAUGUCAAAGGUCAAAAUGAAUGGUUUGAUGAUCUAUCAAAUUCAGCUGAUUUCCUCCAGUGCUGUGUACUCAGUAACCAUCUAAACUAUUUGUAUCGUUAGUAUUUAACAUGAAUAUUGAUUCCAUAUCAUAAGGUUAUACAUUCAUCUACAAACAGCGUAUAUACUUGAGAUUUUCUUUACCAUUUUUAAAUAAAUAGAUAAGAAAUAAUGCUCGCAUGGUGGAUGUUAAAAAGAGACAUUUUUAGUCUUUCAUACACCACCGUUACAUUUUAAGUGUGAAUCAUGUUGAACUGAGAGCUGUCUCGCUGCUUUACUGUAAUAUUUGUUUGUUGUUUCCAGGAGAGUAACAGAACUUUUUCAUUAGAUUAACAUCUACUGUAGUUUUAAAAACGGUAUAUUCUGCACCAACAUUGCUUUUCUUGUGUAUUUCUAAUGCCAAAACUAACUGAAUUGUCGGUGUAGAUAAAAGUAUUCAGAUAUUUGAGAAGAAACAAGGUUUUUGUGGCUUAUCAUCCACAGUUCAGUCACUGACUUUAAUAACCUUUUUAAUCAGUUUUUAACUUUUUUAUUCAUCCCUUUUGUUUUAUCUUUGUAUCUUUUGCUGUUUUCUUUUAACUCUUAAAAAGUAGAAAGUAAUUGAGUACAACAUUUAUUAUGUGUAUUUAGGAGGAUGGUAUCGAUUGUUAUUGUUGCAUUGGUGCUGUAUGUAUGCACAGGUGUGUGUGUGUGCACUGCCACUUUUACACCAACAAAACUGUGAUCGACACAAAGGCCCUCAGAGUCUCAAUGCUGCUGUGGUGCUAAUAAUAACAAAGCCAUACUGAUGAUUACAGUUAGCUGCUGCCUAAUAAUCACCUGCACCGUUUGUUGUUAAAAAGUUCCUUUUCUUUGUCAAGGAAACUGAACUUAAAUCUUUCAAUGUCAGUGUGUUUCAACUGGAUCAUUACUGUCAGUUGUUAUUGUUAUUGCCUGACUAUGCUGUCAUUUAUUUGUGUGUGUGUGUGUGUUAAACUAUGUUAUAAUAACCAAAUAGGAUAUGCCGCAGCAACCCAAAGUAAAGAAAGACAAGAAAGUAAACUUAGAUUUCACUUUAUCAAAUGAACAAGUAACUUAGUUUAAACCCGUUGAAAAACUAUUUCGGCUCUUGGCGUCCUGAAGCUGCAUGCACUUUGCACUAAUGACGAUGACGCCAUCACCGGGUGCCAAUUUAUCAAUUAUUCAAUGCCACGGUUGGCCACAUGGCCAUAUACCAACCACACAGUCUAACAGAAUACUUUUUACAGUAAGGAAUGUAACUUGUCUUUUUUAAUAUUUGUCUCCUACAGAUACCAAAUGUUUAUAUUUCAUGCUUUUUUUUUUUUUUUGCUGAUAAAGUGUUUAUGAUGAAUAAUCUUUGAUCACUGAGGCACCAGGCCUAAUUGACUGAUUAUUGUAUAUAAUACUAAUACAGAGUACUGUGAUCUAUUCUGACUGAUGAUUGUAUCAUGAACAUGGGCUUUGAGAACAGUUUUUGGGUGAGGGGGUUUAAGUGUAGUUUAGCGGCCUGUACGGUAUUUUUGCACAUUAACGUCAGAGGCAUGGAUUCGGAGGUAUGAAUGUAUGAAGGACGGGGUUGAAUCGGUAAGCGUGGAGGGGAAACUGAAGUGACCGUCCCAUCUGUGCUGCCCACGAUCAUCAUCUCUGUACUGUACCAGAUACAUAUUGAAUAUUUGUUCAAGCGAUUGAAUGAAAAUAAGGGAUUUUUACUUGACAAGACAAAUAAAAUAAAUAACCAAA